AUGACAGAGGACCUCACAAGAAGAUGGGAAUCGCUAAAACUAACAGAUGAAGAACAGGAAGAGGUAAUCCUUUCGGAUGAAGCAGUUCUAUCAUCCAACGUAAAAGGAGAACUCUGCCUCCUAGCAAAAAUUUUCAAUGAUAGGACAGCAAAUAGGGAAGCAUUCAGAUCGACCAUGUCCAAGAUAUGGAAUACAAAGGGGUGGCUCACGUUCAAAGAACUAGAAACAAACUUUUUUCUCAUAGAAUUCCAACUUCUUUCAGAUAAGGACAAGGUUUUACAGGGACGUCCAUGGUCUUUUGACCGUCAUCUAGUUUUCAUGAAAGAGUUUGAGGGAACUCUUUCUCUUUCUGAGGUUCAUUUCGUCUCCGAACCUUUCUGGAUCCAAGUUCACAACCUACCCUUCGCCGGGAUGAACAAAGAAAUGGAAAUGCUGGUGGGCACUGGUCUUGGUAGAGUACUUGAGGUGGAAGAUGACACAGAAGGCUACAGAUGGGGAAGCUACUUAAUAAUCAAGGCAGAAAUGAACGAAACCAAACCUCUUGUAAGAGGUCGGUUCCUCAAGUCUGGGAAUAAGCAGUACUGGCUCUCUUUCAAAUAUGAAUGCCUUCCCAUGUUUUACUUCAAGUGUGGUCGGCUCAUGCACGAGAAAGGUAGUUGCCAAGAAAGAGUUAUAGAGAAUCAAACACAGGAUCAAUAUGGGCAGUGGCUUCGUGCAACCCACCUCCCUACAAAAGGUUACUAUGUUAAAAGAUAUGGUGGACUCAAGGAGCAGGAGCAUCGGGGUUCAACAUGGAGAUGGAGUCAAUAG